CGACAUUGACAAUUUGUCGUCUAGGAGGAGCAACGUUUGUGGUUAGCAAAUAUGCAUAAGACGAGCCUCGUGCUCCACUUGUUGGCCGGUGUGCAUCUUGGAUAUACGGUCUACUAUGAGUACUUAUAUGUGCAGAUGCCAUACCUAGCCAUUUAUUUUGGAGUGCUGCCGUCCGUGGGUGGCAAAUUUAAGUACCUGACCUUUCUCAACGGAGUGCUGCAGUGCAUUUACUAUCUGAUCGCCAUUCUGCACGAUCUGCUGAGGCUGCGCAGACUGCGCCAGCUGCGGGACUAUCUGCUGGCCAGCCUUGUGCUGCCGCUGGCCCUAACUGUGAGCUUGACCUUCUGGACGCUGUGCGUCAUCGAUGGCGAGUCGAUAUUUCCGUCCUUUAUUCAGGUGAUCUAUCCCGAGUGGCUCAACUGGACCAUGCAUUGCGGUGUCUCGAUCUAUCCGUUCCUGGAUCUGUACAUCAGUGCGCAUCAGUAUCCGAAACGUAGCCAUGGACUUUCGGCCCUCACGACUGCCCUCCUGCUUUAUCUAAUUUGGAUGUAUUACGUGGUUUACUCCACGGGCAAAUGGAUCUAUCCGUUCCUAGGAGCACUGUUGCCGGUGACACGGAUUUGCUUCUUCGCUGUGGUCAUAGUGGCGGCCUUUGGCUACUACCUGGUCGGCGAGCGUAUAAACUAUGCGCUCUGGAAGUCCUCCAGGGAGAGUGGGCCCUAAGGAAUGGUUCCUAAUAAAGCAAUUUCCGUUUCUCCAA